AUGACGGAUUUGGUGCAUAUUAAUUGUCACAACUUAGACCAAAAAAAGCAUGUAGAGCUGAAGAUGGAUCAGGCUUUGCUGCUCAUCCAUAACGAACUACUUGGGACAAGCUUGACUGUCUACUGGAAUUCUGAAAGCUGCUACCAUUGCUUGUAUCAGGUUCUGGUAAAUGUUUCAAGGAGUGGAAAACCUGGGAAGCCUAGCAUUGCAGCUGUGGCGGUGAGCACCCAGCACGGCUCCAUCCUGCGGCUUAACGAUACCUUGGAAGAGAGAGAAGUUUGUAGGCUGGAAUACAAAUUUGGAGAAUUUGGAAACUAUUCUCUCUUGGUAAAGCACCCCAAUAAUGGAGGCAAUGAAAUUUCUUGUGACCUAGUUGUCAAUAAAGAUCCAAUUGACAGUAACCUUCCUGUGAGUAUUGCAUUCCUUAUUGGUCUAGUGCUCAUCAUUGUGAUAUCCUUUCUAAGGCUCUUACUGAGUUUGCAAGACUUUAAUAAUUGGAUUUCUAAAGCGAUAAACUCUCGAGAAACUGAUCGCCUCAUCAAUUCUUCUGCAGUGUCUUGGGAUAAAGUGCGAAUUCCUGGUGUGCUGCAGCGGUUGGGAGUGACUUACUUUGUGGUUGCAGUGUUAGAGCUCCUCUUUGCGAAACCUGUGCCUGAAAACUGUGCCUCGGAGAGAAGCUGCUCUUCUCUUCGAGACCUCACAUCCAGCUGGCCACAGUGGCUCUUCAUUCUGCUGUUGGAAAGCGUUUGGCUGAGCUUGACAUUCUUCUUACCAGUUCCUGGAUGCCCUACUCAAGAACAAAUCCAGAAGAUGGACUUGGCUGAGAGCUUCUGGAUACUAAUAAUUCUAGCAGCUGGGGGAAUGAAUGCUUUAGUCGUGAAAGUGCUGUACCACACCGAGGUGGCCUACGAUCCAGAAGGAAUCCUAGGAACCAUCAAUUCCAUCAUGAUGGCGUUUUUAGGAGUUCAGGCAGGAAAAAUACUAUUGUAUUAUAAGGAUCAGACCAAAGACAUCUUGAUUAGAUUCACUGCCUGGUGUUGUAUUCUAGGGCUUACUUCUGUUGCUUUGACGAAAGUUUCUGAAAAUGAAGGUUUUAUUCCAGUAAACAAAAAUCUCUGGUCCAUUUCAUACGUCACCACGCUGAGCUCUUUUGCCUUCUUCAUCCUGCUGGUCCUGCAUCCCAUUGUGGAUGUGAGGCGACUGUGGACAGGAACCCCAUUCUUUUACCCAGGAAUGAAUUCUAUUCUUGUGUACAUCGGCCAUGAGGUGUUUAAGAACUACUUCCCCUUUCAGUGGAAGCUGGAGGAUAACCAGUCGCACAAAGAGCACCUAACUCAGAACAUCGUCGCCACCGCCCUCUGGGUGCUCAUUGCAUACAUUCUCUAUAAAAAGAAGGUUUUUUUGAAAAUCUGAUUGUUCCUGCUCACUGGCCAACUUUAGAGGGCCUGGAGGAGUAUUGAGACAGCCUUUAUUAAAGGGCAUCAUUGAUUCUAAAAGGAUGCUGAUGUACACAAGCUGGUUUACUAUGACAUGGAGCAUCAGAACUCUGCCUGUAUGUUUGUGACUUAUACGCUUGCAAUGUCAUUGUCUUUCUUCCUCCAUCUUCUAUAUAAAUGGAUAUAUUUGGAACUUCAUUUUAAGGAGAUCUCAUUUAGCUUUCCAAAAGGGAAUUACCAUGGACAUCUUGCUUCUAUGAUGGAUAAAACAAUCUAAAGUCUGGUUCUCAUUGAUCUUGUUUUCCCACAAACUGCCUUUUUGUAUGUGCACGUGUCAACAAAGAGUACCAUCAUUUCUAUUGCGGCUGACUCUAAAGCUCGUUGAAUGUGAUAUGCAGUAAUAUAGUAUAAUAUUUUUCAUUUAAGUGCAGUUUGAUGUUUCAGGAAAGCCAGAAUAAUUUCCUUUUUAGAUCUGCAAGGCAGUAUGAGUCCAAAAAAUGCCUAUUAGAAGCCAUUUUCUCCUCUUCUUCACUGAAAAAAAAAAAAAAAGUUAAAAUACAGCUGUUAUUCCCAACCACUCUUGCUUAUAAUUUAUGUGUCUAUCUAUCUAUUCAUCCAUCCAUCCAUCCAUCCAUCCAGAGGAUAGCUAGGUACCCAUGGAUGUUGCUGUGGGACAAAGGAAAGCACACUGCUCUUGUUCUUGGGUCCAGCUUUGCCCUCAUUACUGUGUAAGAUGCUGGGCACAUCUCUUGGCCUGUCUGGGCCUCAGUUUCCUCAUCUGUGAAAUGAGGGGAAUGGAGAUGACCUCCUAGGUCUCUUUCAGUUGUUAGCCUCAGUGAAGUAGGAUAUAUCAAUGGCUUUUCUGAAAUCUUCAGAAAAAUAAUUACAGAAAACAUCUUCAAAUUAAAUGAGAAUGGAAAGUUUUUUUUUAAAACUCAUUGAAGUAAAUCUCUUUCAAAGUGACCCUCCACAGUGGAGGCACCUUUGCUGCUUGUAAUCACAAUACCGAAGAAAUAGUUUCUCAGGAGUGAAGGUAGGAGAAC